CCUGACCUUAGUCCAUCCAGAUCAAUAGGGAAGUGAGGGUGGAAAGAAGAGAGAAGAGGAAGAAAUAAGGGGCGCAACCGGAUCGUUUACACUGGCUGUUCCCGAGGAAAUAUAGACUUCCCUUGCUUGCACCUUUUGUUGCUCACAUGCUCACACUGUAAAAGUGGAUAUCGAGGCAAUUCCCUUGCUUUGUGUGAUUGCAGCAGACUUUUCCCCCUUUUCCUACGACCAUGUCUUUCCCUCAGCUGGGAUAUCAGUACAUCCGACCGAUAUACCCGCCGGAGCGCCAGGGGAUCGCCAGCAAUGCCCGGGCCGGGACAGAGCUCAGUCCGUCCGGCGCACUCUCCAACGUCCUCUCCACAAUGUAUGGAUCUCCUUUCGCCGCAGCAGCGCAGGGCUAUGGAGCGUUUCUGCCCUACUCUAACGAUAUAUCAAUUUUCAAUCAAUUGGGUGCUCAGUAUGAACUGAAAGACAGUCCCGGUGUCCAGCACCCGGGGUUUGCCCACCAUCACCCUGCUUUUUACCCAUAUGGCCAAUAUCAGUUCGGUGACCCAUCUAGACCCAAAAACGCCACCAGGGAGAGCACCAGCACCCUGAAGGCCUGGCUCAGUGAGCACCGCAAGAACCCCUACCCAACCAAGGGCGAGAAGAUCAUGCUGGCCAUCAUCACCAAAAUGACGCUCACCCAGGUGUCCACCUGGUUCGCCAACGCCAGGAGGAGGCUAAAGAAGGAGAACAAGAUGACCUGGGCCCCUCGGAACCGCACUGACGAAGAGGGGAAUGUUUACGGCAGCGAUCACGAAGGGGAGGGGGACAAGAGGGAGGACGAGGAGGAGAUCGACUUGGAGAACAUCGACACGGAAAAUAUUGAGAACAAGGACGACUUGGACGACCAGGACGACCUGCAUUCAGAUAUUAAACUAGACGGGAGGAGUGACUCUGAGAUUUCUGACGGCUAUGAGGAUUUACAAGGGCCCGACCAGAGGUUUCUAAAGGCUGUGGGGAAGGAGGGCAAAGACGUGGAGAGAGGAGGAGAGCACUUCCACAGCCACCACCACCACCAUCACCAUCACCACUCUUCUUUGGACACCAAAGCACCCCAACCAAACGGGGAGCAGCUCAAACUGAAUCCGGUGUCCGUUAGCUCACCAGAAAACAACCCUGCCCCAGCCCAAAAGCCAAAGAUCUGGUCUUUGGCAGAGACAGCCACGGCCCCUGACAAUCCGCGCAAAUCGCCACAAAUGAACGGCAGCAACUCCGCAGGGCCCGCCGCCCAGACCAUAAUCGCCCCUCAUAGACUCAUCUCUUCUUGUCCCGUUGGUAAAAUCCAGAACUGGACGAACCGAGCCUUCUCGGCGCAUCAGCUGGCUUUACUGAACUCAAAUCAUUAUCUGGGACUGGCAAACCAGGCCACCGCCACCGGCCUGGCCCUCUACAGCAGCAGGCAAACGGAGGACAAGAGUCAUAGUUCAGAGACUUCAGUCACAGGUACAUGUCCCCGACACUGAGACGCGCAUGUAUAAAUAACUACAAAACAAAGACACUAGUCCAUUGCCCGUCAUUCAUUUCUGUUAUUUUCCUUUUGCCUUCUUUGCCUGUUUAUAGAUUUGUUUUUCUCUCUAGGCCACACAGAUGAACAGUGUUACAAUGUUACAGAACACAGUGUGUGUGAUGUAUGCGUGUGUGUAUGUGUGUGUGCUUUGAAAAAUGUCCGACAGAUUUAUGAAAACCUCAUCAGAAAGCAUUUAAGAUAAAGGUGUUGAAUUGGGUGAAAACUGAACUUAAUUUUAAUGUCCCCUCUUCCCUUUAUUUGGUAUUGUUACAUAUGCUAUUAGGGCCCAUACUGCUUGUAUUUACAAAUUCUUCAAGUAGUUUUUACCACAAAAUUCAUUAAGACCCGGGAUUGCUCUGAUAAUGAGCAGUUUAAUUAUUACAUUUUUCAUUUUUAUUGCCACAAUUUCAGAGAGAUCUAGUGCCUUGGAUGCAGAUUUUUUUUUUUUUUUCAAAGUUGUUAAAAACAGCUUUCCACCCUCUUCAAAGAUAGCGAGGCUGUCAGUUAAUGACAUUUGGGAAUUUUCUUUUUGAUGCCAUAUCACAUUUUCUUUUUUAAACGCCGUAUUUAUCCAAAUUAGCUUUUAUUCUAAGAUUUGUUUUUAUCCCUGUGUGCGCGCGCUUGUGUUAUUUCGUCAGGGCCUAUGUUACACUUACUUGUUUGGUCAUGCAAAUGAGCUCAAUGCAAAUUCACUACAGGCUCGUUUUUUAAAAGGCAAUUGUCACUUUUAUAUCACUUUGUUUUUAAGCUCUUCCUGAGGCUAUUAUUAGUAUGAUUUUUUUUUUUUUUUAGAUCACAUUUUUAUUUUUCUGUUACCCCUGUGUAUUUCAGGCCUCAGAACCAACUAGAAGCAGCGGUGGUUCUUUUCGGCUCUCUCCUGUCCAUAACCUCUCACCCAUCCUCUUUAUCCUUUUUUUAAAUUUAAUUUGAAUAUGGAAUGUAAAAUAAGAAUAAUACAUCUCUGUAUACUUACAUUGUAAGCAUGUCCUGUGUAAAACUGCUAAUGUAAUAAUGUAUGAACCUGUAGUCUGUGAGUUUUUUUUUCUUUUCUUUUUGUAAGUUCUGUGAGGAUUUGAUGUUCAAAUGUUUUGUAUAUAAAGUUAAGAAUAUGUACAUACUUGUGAACCAAAUUGUACAAGAAAGUCUAUAUUUUGGCUAAUAAAUGAACUGCUGCAACUUUAAAGAAAUGGUUG